AUGGACUUGGCCCGUGAAAAGAAGAUAAUGCUUGAAGAUGACAAGGAGCUAACAGCUGAUGAUGUCAUGAAAAGAAAGAACGAUGAGCCCACAACUAAAAGAGCUGAGGUGACUGCUGGUAGAGCUAAAGCUGUUAUUGAAAAGGAAGAUGAGGAUGCGAAAGAUGCUCCCCCAGAACUUGAGAAACGGGUGAAUGCAAUGAUUGAUGUCUUAAAAGAAGUUAACCUUGGCAUAGAUGAAGAACUAAGUCCUACAUACCUAAGUGAUUUACUAGCAAUCGAUGAAGAAAUCAUUUAUAUCGAGUUACUCAAGGAGUUCAAGGAUGUCUUUGAUUGGAGUUACAAAGAGAUGCCUGAUUUGGACCCUAAAGUAGUAGUUCAUCACCUUGCAGUCAAGAAUAACGCCUGUCCUGUUAAGCACGCCCAAAUGUUCUUUAGGCCAGACUUGGUUCCCUUGAUCGAAAGUGAAGUUAACAAACUCAUUGAAUCUGGCUUUAUUCGCGAAUUCAACCUCCAUGGAAGAUUGGAUGGUGCUGCACAUCACUUAGGAGCCGGUGCUAGCGUAGUAUUUGUCUCUUUUCAAGGUGAAGUUAUGCCAUACUCUUUUACGUUGACGCAACUCUGCUCUAACAACGUUGCUGAGUAUCAAGCAUUAAUACUUGGGCUUGAAAUGGUGGUUGAAAUGAAGCGGUUACAGUUACAAAUCUUUGGUGACUCUCAGUUGGUGAUCAACCAGCUUUUAGGUAGUUACGAGGUCAUGAAACCUGAACUAUGCCCAUAUCAUGAUUAUGCUAAAAACAUUAAUGGG